AUGCUUAGUCGUUUUCCGGCUUGCUUGAACGAAACCCGGCCUUUCCUUGAAAUGAAGGGCAUUGAGCAUCCUGAGCUAGCCGAAACUGAGUGGCUCCUCAUGUUUUACUAUCUCGUGGAUAUGACCGACCAUCUGUACCAGCCCAAAGUUAAAAUGCAAGGCAAUGGAAAUGCAGUGUUAUCUCGUCAACAAGCCAUGUUUCAUUUUGAAAACAAGCUGGAGCUCUUCAUCAUGGACCUUGAAACAGGUCGUUUACUACACUUUGAAAAACUGAGACAAUAUACAGAUGCAUGCACACUUACAGUAGCCCGCAUGUGUACACUGAUUGGUAACAGGACACACUGGUCGUGCCCUGGUGACCUUGGAAUUCCCACUAGAGCCGAGCCCUAA